AUGAAUCGUACACUAAUUGUAGUUCUCUUGACUGCUUUGUUAGUAGCGCAAACAAAUGCGCAGUGGGGUUGGGGUUGGGGAUAUGGUCCUAUGUAUGGUGGUUGGGGGAUGCCAUAUUACGGUUAUGGAUAUAGAAAUCCGGUAGCUGGUGCUGUACGAGGAGCCAUUUUGGGCACAGUGUUUGGUGCACUUUCGGGAAAGAAGAAAUAG